AUGCCCGUGGCCAACCUGCCCAUGCCGGUGGCGCCCCCCCAGAAGACCAAGCGCCAGGACGAGAUGAUCAUCCUCAACGUCAGCGGGCAACCCGGGACCCCUGAGAGGUGCAGCUGGACGCUACCGGACACCCCUGCUGCAGGGGCUGGAGAGUUCUUCUACAGGCCAAAGUAUGCCGGCCGGAACCCGACCCUCUUCCGCCAGCGUGCUCGCUUCUACUAUGAAGGCUGCGCUUCCCACCAUUCACGAUUUGUCUACACUCCUCUGACGAGCUGUAUGUCGGCAUACAUCUGGGAGAUCAUCGGCGACUGCUGCUACGAGGAGUACAAGGACCGGAAGAGGGAGAACGCCGAGCGCCUGAUGGACGACCAGGAGGACAACAAAGACGCCAAGCCGCCCAACAUGACCUCUCGGGAAGCCAUGUGGCGGGCCUUCGAGAACCCCCACACCUCCACCAUGGCGCUGGUCUUCUACUACGUCACGGGCUUCUUCAUCGCCGUGUCCGUCCUCACCAACGUGGUGGAGACGGUGCCCUGCGGCUCGGCGCUCAACCAGGAGGAGGUGCCGUGCGGCCAGCGCUACACCGUGGCGUUCUUCUGCAUGGACACGGCCUGCGUGAUGAUCUUCACCGUGGAGUACCUGAUGCGCCUGUUACUUGCGCCCGGCAUUCCGCUUCCUCGGCUCGGUCAUGAGCAUCAUCGGCGGUGGCCAUCAUGCAUUCACCACAUACGGCCUGGUGACCGACAUGACGGCGUGGUGACCGUCACGCUGAGGGUCAUCAGGGUCUUCAGGAUCUUCAAGAUCUCGCGGCACUUUCGGCGGUACCUCGCAUCUGGGCUACCGCUGAAGGCGCCUGGAGCUGGGCUUCCUGUCUUCAGCCUCACCAUGGCCAUCAUCAUCUUACAUACCGUCGUGUUCUACAUGAGGGAUCCAGCUCGCUUAAGUUCACUGUCGACCUCCUUCUGGUGUGCUAACGAGAGCGUGUCCGCUAGGUGUGCUAACGAGAGCGUGUCCGCUAGGUGUGCUGCGGGCGUGUCCCAGCUGGCUGCUGCUGUCCACUCUGCUAAUGCACUCAGGACUCUAAAGUACGGAGACAUGGUCCCGAAGACCAUCGCUGGAAAGAUCUUUGGCUCCAUCUGCUCCCUGAGCGGCGUGCUGGUGAUCGCGCUGCCGGUGCCCGUCAUCGUGUCCAACUUCAGCCGCAUCUACCACCAGAACCAGAGGACGGACAAGCGGCGAGCGCAGAAAUUACAGAAAGCUCGCCUGGCCAAGAUACGAAUAUCCAAGCAAGGAAGCUCCAAUGCCUUCCUGGACAGCAAGAAGAACGGCCUGUUCAAUGAAGCCCUGGAGUUCACGCAACUUCCGUACAAGACGAACCUCUCAGAUCAGAGCCCUGAGGAGGAGCAACAGUUACGUAAGCCCACGUCUCUCCUGGAGAACCAGCACCACCACCUGCUUCACUGUCUGGAGAAGACCACCAACCACGAGUUUGUAGACGCGCAGUAUUACCAGCAGAGCUACCUGGAGGCGGGGCUGCAGACCUGCCCGUCUCGAAGCCCCUCCCUCUCCAGCGCCACGGGCACGUGCUGCACCCGCCGCAGUAAGAACCGCCACGCCCCUUUACAGAACGCCAGCGGGCCCCAACGGGGGCUCAGCACCAUCCACAUCCCGCCCCUCAGCAACAGCCGCUCCAGUCUCAACGAGUCGGCCUCCCUGAACUGCCGGAGCAGCCACAUCACCACGGCCGUCAUCAGCAUCCCCGCGCCGCCGGUGACCACCCCCGAGGGCGACGCCCACAUGCCCGCAGGCCCCGCCCACCAGAACGCUGUGAAGGUGUCCGCACUAUGAGGGACCGUUCAGAGACACUCAUGGAGACAGACCGGCUGCGGUGGAGCCCGCCCUCUGCUGGUCAUGUACUGUAACGACAUGGACUCCCUUUACACACAGAAGGCUUUUAGAUAGUGUGUGUGUUGUGUGUGUGUGUGUGUGUGUGUGUGUGUGAAUAUUGUUAAUAGAAUAUUUUGUAAGAUUGGCCCAUCGUUUGGCAGAACCAGUGAAGUUGUCUUCUCGUUUUCUCUCCCUCUCUAUGUCUCUUUUUCUCUCUCCCUCUCUAUGUCUCUCUCCCUCUCUCUAUAUGUCCCUCUCUCUCUCUCUCUUUCCUCAUUGUUGAGUGUGUACUUCUAUGUGUUGUGGAAACUUGAUGUUUGUACUUUUCGUCCUGUGUGUUUCAUCUUCUGGACUCCAGGGAAAGUGUGUGUGACCUUUGUGACCUUUGUGACCUUUCUUUUAGCUGACGCGUCCCUUUUAAAGUGUGGUUCCUCAUCUUGAACUUCACCGUUUGUCCUGCGGAGAUGAAGAUGAAGAUGACGAGCACACGUAUAGAUCAACGAGCAAUACUGUAACGGGGCAUCGUGUCAUGUAGCAGAUUAAUGUUCCUAACUAAUUACCUAAGUAUGAAGAGCUGUUUCCAUGGAGACGGCGACCAGCCAUUGGUGUGAUGUCAUCACAAGACUCCUCUGGGGCGGCUUGGGUUCCCUCUGACCCCCCAAGAAAACCACCUACUGGUCCUAUGGUUACACUAGUUCUACUGGUUCUACUAGUUCUACUGGUCCUACUGAUUUUAUUGGUUCUAUUGGUUCCACUGGUUCUACUGGUCCUACUUGUUGCACUCGUUCUACUGAUUCUAUUGGUUCCACUGGUUCGACUGGUUCCACUGGUUCUACUGAUUAUAUUGGUUCCACUCAUUCUUCUGGUUCUAUUGGUUCCACUGGUUCUACUGGUUCUAUUGGUUCCACUGGUUCUACUGGUUCUAUUGGUUCCACUGAUUCUAUUGGUUCUACUGGCUCUAUUGGUUCUACUGAUUCUAUUAUUUCCACUGGUUCUACUGGUUCCACUGG